UUGACCACCCGUGCCAUAGAGCCAAUCUUUCCUAGAUCAAUGCAUUUGUAAGAACUGACGAUAUAGAUUGCCAGCACUAGCUGGAAUAUUGGUAUGAAACCUGUCAAUGCAACAGAAAUAUCCGUAUCAUUAUGCCCAAACAAGAAAUGAGGCACACUGUCACGAGAACCAUGGCACUAAAAAGUUAAAUAUAACCCAGAUAAACCGUUUGGUUUAGACCGGAAAUGUCAAAUACUUAUCACGUGAUAACCUGUCUGGUAGCGCCCGCGACAUCCACGACAUCAACAAAAAUUCGGCUCCCACCAUAACAACUUCCUCCAUCAGCUUACUGCCCGCCAAGCGCCUAUUCUGUACUAUACGUGCGUUGCCCCGUCCCCCGUUCGAGUCAUUGUACCAGUCUUCCCAGAGUCACCCUUCGCUCCCUCAUCCCACCCGCUUCUAUCUCCUCCAUCCAGGUGACUCCACACACCCAAUGACCGGCUCAGAAUGAGUCUGAAUCUUCUCAAGCAAUUAGAGAUCUCAGACAACAGACAUUACUCGAAUGUGUCUGCCGGUGCUCACGAUCGAGCGCAUCGAAGGAAAGCAGGCACCACCUACUCCAUCAAACAGCUCUUUGACAAUGCCAUGAUCAACGAAGACGAGCACGAACGAAGUGCUGGCGCCAGACCACACGUCACGGUGGACCGUCUGGCAUCUCGCUUCGUGGUGAAGUUAUCCUAUGGGAAAAACCCUGUCAGUCGGCCCAAAGGCUCCCCCCAGAAGGAGUUGCCUUACCGCGGAAUCUUGAAUUUUCCGGAUUGUAUCAUCAACGACACCGAUCCAUCCAACAGUGACAGGACAUUGUUCGACAACUUGUACGAGUCAGGAGAAAGGUUGCGUUCCAGCAUCAAUGUGGACGGUUCUGCCGAAGCCAAUGCCCCAGAGUCGUCGCCCGAGUCCCAGAUCAAGAAAAUCGUGUUUCACGAUUUCGAGAUCGACACUUGGUACAAGUCCCCAUAUCCCGAGGAGUACACCCGAUCUAACGUGAUAUACAUCUGCGAGUACUGUCUCAAGUACAUGAACUCACCCAUUUCCUAUGACCGUCACCAGCUCAAGAACUGCAAUCUCUCCAAUAACCACCCUCCUGGGCUCGAAAUCUACCGGGACUCGAAGUCUCGGGUACUGAUCUGGGAAGUGGACGGUCGCAAGAACAUCAGCUACUGCCAGAAUUUGUGCUUGCUUGCCAAGUUGUUCCUCAAUUCCAAGACGUUGUACUAUGAUGUCGAGCCAUUCAUAUUUUAUGUCUUGACGGAGAUAGACGAGAUAGAUCCCUCGAAGUAUCACUUUGUUGGCUACUUCUCAAAAGAGAAGUUGAACAACUCGGAUUACAAUGUUUCUUGUAUUCUUACCUUGCCGAUAUAUCAGAGAAAGGGGUACGGAAACCUUUUGAUAGAUUUCAGCUAUUUGUUGAGCAGGAGUGAAUUCAAGUACGGGACUCCCGAGAAGCCUUUAAGUGAUCUUGGUCUACUAAGCUAUCGAAACUAUUGGAGGCUCACUGUUGCAUAUAAAUUGAAAGCCCUAUAUCAGAGAUUUAUGGUGGAAAACGAGACACCUUCAACUGACCCAAAGCAAACUGCUGGUACAGAGACUGCUGAAGCGCCAAAUGGUGGAACUCUUUCCGUGUCGAUUGAAAGCAUUUGCAAGCUAUCCGGAAUGACUCCUUCGGAUGUAGUUGUGGGAUUAGAACAACUAGAUGCACUCAUUAAAAAUCCAACCACUAACAACUAUGGCAUCGUACUCAAUAUGAAUAAAAUCAAUGCAGAAAUCGAUAAGUGGGAAAAGAAAAACUACACUAAAUUGGACUACUCUAAGUUACUUUGGAAACCGAUGUUGUUCGGACCUUCUGGAGGUAUCAACUCGGCACCUGCAUUGAUUGCAGCACCAUCCAGUGCCCCCAAACCCAACCCUAAUCAACCAAGCCCUAACAGCAUUUCUCUGAUCAUCGGAUUUCUAAAGGAUGAUAUUAAUAACCCUUACACCUUCGAACAGGAAGCGUAUAAGGAGAUUGAAAUGUACCGGGAAAUGUUAACUAAACCUCAAAGUGAGCAUAUCGAUGAAAGUGAAGACGCACGUACUGACUUGAUUUUGGAUAAUUAUAUCGUCUGUUAUCCUGGAAUCGAAUAUCAUACCAAAACGAAGAUCCCAAUCAUCCAAAAAAAUGAAGUGAAGGAAGUAGUUGGCAUAGAUGGUGCUAUUGAGGAGGAAUCUCCACUGGAAUUAGAAGACGAUGAGGAAGAUAAUGAGGCUAUAGCUUCUGACUUCGAAGAGUUCGAAGAGGCGUCCGACAUAGACCCAGAAUCAGAUAUUGAAACACCGGUUAUUAAUGAAGACCUGCCAGAGGUUGCACAAGAUGAAGAUGAAUUCCUUGAGGACUUAGAAAUUGUUGCACCACGAAGAAAUAGAAGCUCUUACGAGGAUUAUGAAGGUGUUGUACCUCUCAGAAGGUCGAGAAGAGACACCCAUUCAAUAGUUCAAAGCCCGUUAUCGCCAAUUUCUCCUCGGAAGAGUAGGAGACUAGUGCGGAUGUCUGAGACAGAGUCACCCAAAUCAGAACAGGAAGAUGAUUUAAUUGUUUCUCCGAGAAGAACCAGAAAACCUCCGUUGGACACAUUGUCCACCACACCUCCAAGAAGUAUCAGACUAAGCAAUCUCGUUCCUCCAACUAGAUUGACUAGGCUACAGGCCCAUCCAAAAAUUGAAGAUCCUCCCCGGUUCAGAAGAUCUUCAAGAAGGCAUGGAUAAUCCGUGUCUAUUGUACUCUAUGUAAAUUAAUGUAAUAUAGCGACAGCACCAUUGAUAGAUGACAAUCAAAUCUAGUAGUGUACUCCAGUCAGGCUCAAUCGAUAACAUACUACCUCGAGAGUCAGAGUAAUUUAGUCAG